ACAUCAAUGUUAAUCAAACACUGAGAUUUGCGGUGGCCUAGGGAGAAAGAAAUCACAGUUUUUUACUUUUAAUCCUACCCUGCUAUGUCACAGAGAAUCAUUUUUUUAGGACCUUAUCUUUUUAACCACAGAUCAUAAAAACGCGCUGUUUUCACAUAUGUAGACACUGGUUUGGUGCUGAAGAUUAUGAAUAUGAUUUUUAAAAGUGGUGGAAUUGCUCUUUAAAUAUGGACACUGUGCAAAAUCAAGUAGGCGUUUGUUGACAGUGUGUGUUGUAUGCGAGAGAAGCCGUUGGAUACUUGCAGUGAACUAAAAGGGAUGAAAACUUAAGUCUUAUGAAUUUAGUUGAUAUGGAAAGAACUUAAACUGGCUGUGGGGUCUCGAGAACUAAAAUUCCAAAGCAUCAUCCCCUGUACAGUAAAGGGCGUCCUAUAUAGGGAAAGUCAAAAUGUCCCUCCAGGCAAACCAAGUCCGAGUCCUGGUCCUCAAAGAUAUGGAACAGCUGGAAAGGACACUCUUCCGCCUGGACCAAGGCUUUGAGCUCCAGUUCCGUCUGGGCCCUACUCUCCAGGGGAAACAUGUGCGUGUGCAGACUAACUACCCCGCCCCAGGGGAACACUUUGACCGUCACACCUUCCGAACCCUGGACUGGCACAACCCCACGGGAAGAGAGGACGACUCUGACAAGUUCUGCUCUUUAGACCUACAGAUCGCUGGAUCGUACCAAUACAAUUUUGGUCACGGCCAUGAGGAGAAGUCAGGCGGUGGCUACUUGGUGGUGGACCCAGUGCUGCGUGCCGGAGCUGACAACCACCACGUCCAUCUGGACUGUAUCACCAUCCAGACCUACCUGUCCAAAUGCCUCGGACACCUGGAUGACUGGCCAGACAGACUGAGGGUGGCUAAAGAGUCCGGCUACAACAUGAUCCACUUCACGCCUCUGCAGAAGCUCGGUAAAUCUAGGUCCUGCUACUCCCUAGCUGACCAACUAAGCCUGAACCCAGAGUUUUCGCCACCGGGAAAGAACUACACAUGGACAGAUGUGGGAGAGUUGGUGCAGAAACUGAAGAAAGAGUGGAAUAUGAUCUGUAUCACUGACGUGGUCUACAAUCAUACAGCCGCCAACAGCCCAUGGAUCAAGGAGCACCCUGAGUGUGGCUACAACCUGGUCAACUCCCCCCACCUGAGGCCAGCCUGGGUCCUGGACCGGGCCAUAUGGCACAUGACCUGCAACAUGGCUGACGCCAAGUACGCUACUAACGGCCUUCCCGCCCUGGUCAAGAAUGAGGGGCACCUCAAUGCAAUCCGCGAUGUUCUGUGGGGGCAGGUGUUCCCCAAGAUCAAGCUGUGGGAGUUCUUCCAGGUCAGAAUCGAGAGCGCUGUGGAGGAGUUCAGGGACCUGCUUGUAGAUGGAGAGAAACCAGACCAGAAGAAGACUGGGGGUAAACAGGGACUGAAGAUCAUUCAGGACCCAAAGUUCAGACGCUUCGGAAACGAAGUGGACAUGGACUCUGCUCUGGAGACCUUUGUGCCUCACAGCCACAGUACACAAGCCAUUCUGGAGGCCUGUAAUAGGCUGUGGGGGAGACUGGAGGAGAUCAAUAAAGAGCAGUACCAGCAGAUGCUACACCACCAGGAGCAGGCCACUAACUGCAUUGUGGGAAAUGUUGUUUAUGAGCGCCUGGCUGACCACGGACCCAAACUGGGCCCCGUCACCAGGAAAGACCCUAUUGUUACCAGAUACUUCACCUUUCCGUUCGAGGAGAAGAGCCUGGAGGAUGACCUGAAGAUGAUGGACCAGCCAGACAACGCCUGUCACUUCCUGGCUCACAACGGCUGGGUGAUGGGAGACGACCCUCUUAGAAACUUUGCUGAGCCAGGCUCUAACGUGUACAUCAGGAGAGAGCUGAUCUGCUGGGGCGACAGCGUCAAGCUUCGCUACGGCGACAAGCCCGAGGACUGCCCCUACCUGUGGGCCCACAUGCAGAAGUACACAGAGAUCACAGCCAAGCACUUCGCCGGAGUCCGCCUGGACAACUGUCACUCCACCCCCCUGCACGUGGCUGAGCACAUGCUGGCAGCAGCCAGGGCUGUCAGGCCCAACCUGUAUGUGAUCGCGGAGCUCUUUACAGGCAGCGAGCUCAUUGAUAAUGUGUUUGUUAACCGCCUGGGGAUAACCAGUCUUGUCAGAGAGGCAAUGAGUGCAGGGGACAGUCACGAGGAGGGCAGGCUGGUGUACAGGUAUGGAGGGGAGCCCGUCGGAGCCUUCGUCCAGCCCAGCCUCCGGCCCCUGGUGCCCAGCAUUGCACACGCCAUGUUCCUGGAUGUCACCCACGACAACGAGUGCCCCAUCCAGCUUCGCUCUGCUUACGACUCGCUCCCCAGCUCUGCCAUCGUUUCAAUGGCCUGCUGUUGCUCUGGCAGCACCAGGGGAUAUGAUGAGAUGGUGCCCCACCAGAUCUCAGUGGUGAAGGAGGAGCGUUUCUACCCCAAGUGGAACCCUGACGCCAAGGCCUCGUCCCCCGGGGAGGUCAACCUGAAGACGGGUAUUAUCGCUGGCAAGCUGGCCCUCAAUAAAAUGCACCAGGAUCUGGCCUUGAAGGGCUUCAACCAGGUGUAUGUGGACCAGGUGGACGAGGACGUUGUGGCGGUGACGCGUCACUGUCCCAGCACACACCAGUCUGUGGUGGCCGUGUGUCGCACUGCUUUCCACAACCCCAAACACCACCAGUACAGGAAGGAGGUUCCACCCAUGUUCAUCCCUGGUAAAAUUGAUGAGGUGGUUCUCGAGGCGCGUAUCAUCGACAGGCAAGCCGGCACCUACAAGAAAUGUGAGAAGUACAUUAAUGGCAUGCCGGAGUACACUGUGGAGAUUAAGGAGCACAUCCAGCUGAAGGACAGUGGCGUUGUGAAACAUGCAGGCGUGACAUCUAAGGGCAGCAGUGAGUUUGUCCAGGAGAUCGUCUUCGAGCGCCUCACCCCUGGCAGCGUCAUAGCCUUCAGGGUGAGUCUGGACCCCAGGGCCCAAGAGCUGGUGGGAAUCAUCAGACAUCACCUGAUCCAGUUCAGCCCGAAGUAUAAGCUUGGCAGUCUGCCCGACCAGCACACACCAACCAUACUGGAGACACCCCUGGCACAGAUCAUGUCUAAGCUGACCCUGGCCGACAUGAACAUGCUGCUGUUCCGCUGUGACUCUGAGGAGCAGGAGGAAGGAGGAGGCUGCUACAACAUCCCCUCCUGGACCAGCUUCAAGUACAGUGGCCUGCAAGGUCUGAUGUCAGUGAUGGCGGACAUUCGUCCCAAGAAUGACUUGGGCCACCCGGUGUGUAACAACCUGAGACAGGGUGACUGGAUGAUCGACUACGUCAGCAACAGGCUGGUGUCCCGUGGUGGCGCUCUGGGAGAGGUGGGGAAGUGGCUCGAAGGGAUGUUCCACUAUCUGAAGCACAUCCCUCGCUACCUCAUCCCCUGCUACUUUGACGCUAUCCUAGUGGGAGCCUACACCACGGCUCUGGACAUCACCUUCAACAAGAUGUCCAGUUUCGUCCAGAACGGCUCCACCUUUGUCAAACUGCUAGCACUGGGCUCGGUCCAGAUGUGUGGUGUUGGCAGUUUCCCAGCUCUGCCCCCCUUGUCCCUGGCGCUACCCGACGUCCCCUACAGCCUCAACAAAGACACCGGCAAGAAGGAGCAGUGCUGCGUCUCCCUGGCCGCAGGUCUGCCACACUUCUCCUCUGGAAUCUUCCGCUGCUGGGGCCGAGACACCUUUAUCGCUCUGCGUGGACUCAUGCUUGUCACUGGUCGUCACCUGGAGGCUAGAAACAUCAUCCUGGCGUUUGCAGGCACCCUGAGACACGGUCUUAUCCCCAACCUGUUGGGCGAGGGCAUCAGUGCCCGCUUCAACUGCCGUGACGCAGUGUGGUGGUGGCUGCAGUGCAUCCAGGACUACUGUACCCUGGUGCCCGAGGGCACUGCCAUCCUCCACUGCCCCGUGGUCAGGAUGUACCCCCAUGAUGACUCCGAGCCCCACGCCCCUGGCACUCCAUUCUCGUUCACACAGUCCCUUUGUGAUGUCAUCCAUGAGACCAUGACUCGCCACAUGCAGGGUAUCGAUUUCAGAGAGCGCAAUGCCGGACCAAAGAUCGACAUGCACAUGAAGGACGAGGGCUUCAAUGUUGUGGCCAAAGUGCAUCGUUAUACUGGCUUUGUGUACGGUGGCAACCGCUUCAACUGUGGAACAUGGAUGGACAAAAUGGGAGAGAGCGACAAAGCUCGGAACAAGGGCAUGCCUGCCACACCCAGAGAUGGGUCAGCGGUGGAGAUGGUGGGCCUCAGUAAGUCUGCAGUACGCUGGCUGGUGGAGCUCCAUAAGAAGGGCCUGUUCCCCCACAGCUCCAUGAAAAUAGACAGGGAUGGUAAGGAGUUGAAGGUGUCCUAUGAGGAUUGGAACCAUAAGAUCCAGGUCAACUUUGAGAAGAACUUCUAUGUGUCCCAUGAUGAGAAGGACCCCAACGAGAAGCACCCAGACCUGGUCCACAAGAGAGGCAUUUACAAGGACAGCCACGGAGCCUCCAGCCCCUGGUGUGACUACCAGCUCAGGCCCAACUUUUGCAUCGCCAUGGUGGUGGCUCCUGAGUUGUUCACGGUGGAGAGAGCCUGGAAGGCCCUGGAGGUCGCUGAGAAGAAGCUGCUAGGACCUCUGGGAAUGAAGACCUUGGAUCCAGAUGAUAUGGUGUACUGUGGUGUCUAUGACAACGCCCUGGAUAAUGACAACUACAAUGUGGCCAGAGGCUUCAACUACCACCAAGGACCAGAGUGGCUGUGGCCAAUUGGGUACUUCCUUCGAGCAAAGCUCUAUUUUGCCAAGAAGCUUGGGAAGGAGACCUAUGACCAGACAGUGUACCUGGUGAAGAGCAUUCUCUCUCAGCAUUAUGUCCACCUGGAGAGGUCUAGUUGGAAGGGUCUGCCAGAGCUGACCAAUGAGAAUGGCCAGUACUGCCCCUUCAGCUGCGAAUCACAGGCCUGGUCCAUCUCCACGGUGUUAGAAGUCCUCUACGACAUGUAACAACAACUCACUUCCUGUGGGCGGAGACUCGCCCAAUGAUCUCAUGUAGUCCGGCAUUGUUUUAUUUCACCUUCAUAGUGUGGUCUUUGUUGUCUUGUUUUGGACCUCAUGUACACCCUAUGCACUAACCCUACUGGGAUCUCAAGUAUACAGCAGGCUAAUGCCUAGUGAACAUGUGAACACAAGAAUUUACAGUGGUUGUGGAGGGCAUUGGGAAAUUGUAGUUCACAGCCUCAUUUGACACCUGACUUAGUGUUGUCAAGGUAUGAUCCCUAUCUGUUACAGUAGAUAUGCGCUAAUGUUAUCGCACUUAAAGAGGAAGAAUUUAAAGAUACAUUUAAGUAUUGUAAGGGAUGGAAGACCGACUGUUUUAAAACCAGAUUACCUCCUAGGCAGAUAAAUGUUCAUCUUGUCGCCUGAGCUGCUAACCUGUCACUGGUGAUGCUUUUAAAGAUUGUAUCAAAAUGUACUGUACUAUGAAGUUAGUCAAGUGGUGAUCCAUUGCCGUGUGCUUCCAUGCAUUUUACUAGAGUUUAGAUCCCUAAAAAGAAACCUCUGUGGGAACUUAUCACUGUGACUGAAGCCUUGUAGAGUUGAUGUUCAAUCUAUGACCCACUCUAAAUGUGAUGCAUCUCUCCUUGUGAAUCUGGUGCCUCAUUUUAUUGGUCAGCAUGCGUCCAGCUUAUAGUGUGAUUUAGUGUGGCUAGUCUACGUAGUGUUGUCAUGGUAUAUAAACAGUCUGCAACCUGA